CGUAAGACGUCAACAUCAACUCGAUCUGUUGCCGUCAAUAACAAAAUGGCGGCCGUAAUCAAAGGCAGACGAUAUUUCGGUUGUGUUAUUCGUUUCAAUUCUGACCGAGAGUACGUCGCCUGAAUAUUUCCAAGAAAAAACUGGAAUAUCGAAAUAUGGAUGAAAUAAUAUCAGGAGGUGAAUCAUCAAGAACUGGAGACGGAACCGGAGGUGGAGAAGACACCGAAGAAGCCCAAGAUGAUGACUCCUCAUCCACAUCUUCAUUGACUGUAACAUCGAUGGAGACAGAAUUAGAUCAGUUUCGCCUUCAGUGGCGGAGAGAAUUAGAAGAUUCUCCCAUUAAGUCCAACAAUAUGUUAGUAAAAAGUGAUGUGAAAGGUCUUGAAGACAAGCAUGUUUCUGAAGCCAUAGAAGAGAAAGCUAGACAAUGGUUUUUAAGAGGUGUCCAAGCAGAACAAAAUGGGAAGUUAUAUGAUGCCAUUUCUUUUUACCGCCGAGCUGUUCAGUUAGUACCUGAUAUCGAAUUUCACAUUUCAUUUAAUGCCACCAAAUCACAAAUGACUUUGGACAAUGAAGAUUUACAAGACAGUGUUGAAGAAAAUGAAAAUGAUGAAUAUUCUGAUGAAAAUAUAACAGAUUUGUUGGACCAUUUUCAGAGAAUAAAUUCUCAAUUCAAAAUGAAUCUUAUAUGUCAACCUGCACUCAUUCAUAAGGCAACACACAUUUCCAUUUUACCAACAGAAGUCUUCAUCUACAUACUAAAAUGGGUUGUUUCUCUUGAUUUAGAUCUUCGAUCUUUGGAACAAGUGGCAAGGGUUUGCCGAGGAUUUUACAUCUGUGCAAGAGAUCCAGAAAUUUGGCGUUUAGCAUGUUUAAGAGUGUGGGGAGUAAAUUGUGGUACUCUUAACACCUACAGAAACUGGAGAGAAAUGUAUAUUUGGAGACCGAGACUUUGUUUUAAUGGUACCUACAUCAGCAAGACAACAUAUGUCAGAUAUGGAGAACCAACAUUUCAAGAUGCUAAUUACAGGCCGUGUUACUUAGUUGAAUAUUUUCGUUAUCUUCGCUUUUUCCCAGAAGGAAGAGUGUUGAUGCUCACGACACCCGAUGAUCCAUAUCAGUCCCUCUCUAAACUAAAAUAUCGGAAACCUCGACAUCCUGCUGUACUCUCUGGACAUUAUCGUUUGGUAGAUAAUUCGGUCACUGCUAUAUUAAAGCGCUUUAAGCCCGACAUUACUGUGACAAAUGGAGGGAAUUAUCGUUAUCGCCGCCAACGUGCAGUUCCUCAGGAAGCAGAACAAACAUUUCACUUGGGUCUGGAAGUUCGAAAUGUAAAGGGUCGACCAAGUUUUCAGCUGAUUUGGAGACAUUAUUCAAUCCACAUGAAUCACAGGAAUGGCCAAGAGACGGUCUCAGAAUUUGAUCUGACUGCAAACAAUUUUCCCCCAUUCUGGUUUUCCCGCGUUCGCAGUUAUUCAAUCACCUCGGAUAAUGCCUUGCAAUGAGCCAUUGUCUAUGUUCUUUUGUUGACUGAAGCAGAGUAUUUUCUUUUAAUACUUUGUUGUUUAAUUAGAAAAUAUGUUAACGAAGGAGCACGAUAUUGCACUUUGAAAUUCAUAUUGCUCAUUUCAUUAUUCUAUGUUUUGUGUAAUCAUCGUUUUGUACAUUUAUUCCUCAGAUAUUGUUUGAAAGUGUAACUUUUUCAUUUUGGCACAAUUCAUUGCCUUAGUUCUAUAGAAAAUUAAUUUGAAAAUUUAUAAAAGUUGUUCUUUAAGAGCACAAAAUGCAUUCUUUAAAAAUUAUCUUUGAAAUUUCAGAAACAUUGUAUGAAAAAUUGCAUAUUUUUAUACGAUAUGCCUUGGCUAGAUAUCAUUUCUCUAUAUAAAAAUAUAUACAUACAUAUGUAUAUUUAUAAGGUUCAGGAAUGAAAUUAAAAGGAUUUAAUGUGGCUAUUUUUGUUUUAUUAAAUGCUUUAUUGCUUUUUUUAUAAAAUAACAAUAUUUGGGAUUAAAAUAGAAUUCAAGGAUAUCUAUGUUGUACUGUGUUUGAAUAUAAAAUGCAUAGUUUUGUUGACAUAAUAGAGUGAAUUUCUUUGUAUUUUAGUCAGUUUCACAGCUAUCUUUAUGUUUUUAACACCUGUUUAUCUGUUGCAUUGGCAAAAAAUAUCCUUGGUUGCAAUAUUUUAAAGUUAUUUUUGAUAAAAAUUAUUUAAAUUGAUACAAUUUCCUUAUUAAAGUUUACUUUCUGAAUAUUUUCAAUCAAACUUUGUACAAUUGCAACUGUUUUAAAUUGGUUUUCAAUUUUCAAUGUAUGGAACUGGGGCAAUGAACUACAAAAGUGCCUUUGCUCGUAUAUAGAAAGAAAUGAAUAUAAUUUUAAAAUAUGUAUAGAAGCAUAAAACUAACCUUGUACAAAUUUCUAAAUGUUUAACAUGUUUGCUUAAUAUUAAAACUGUCAUAUCAUAACAUUUCAUGUAUAGAUUUAUUUCAUAUCAUUACGCAUCAGUGAUGUGAUAAUUACUGUAUUUGCCAUCAAAUUAUUGGUUUGUAACAGUUUAGUUUCUUGGUAAAUGGCAGUGAGAUGGUGUCCUUUCUCACAGUUUAGUUCUACAGUGAAAUGUGUUGUAAGUAAUAAGUUUCAUACAUUGUUCAAUGGCUGUGUUUUUAUGUAUAAUCAUGUUUUUAAAACAGAUUGGCCUAAAAGUUAGUUAACCAUUAAAAAGACUAAAUUGCUUUCUUAUUCAUUUACAAACUGUACAAAAACUAUUCAAAAUAAGAUCCUGUUUUGCUCAUUACACAAAGACUAAUGCUUUGCCACUCACAAGUUGCCAAAUCACUUGCAAAAACAUGGUUAAGGGACUUUUGGGCAAUCUUGUAUAUAUGAAUUGAAGUAGCAAACACUAACUCUUUGAAAAAUGAUUAUUAUAGAGCAAUACUGAUAACAACCAUUGCUUAUUCAGAAAGAAGUACUUUCAAGAGUUGUUAAGACCUCUCAUUGUCAAAAUAUUGUUUUUUUUUUCUAAAUAUUUUUGCACGAUUUUGGUAAGCAAUGGCAAUUCAAAAACCUCACGACUAAAUUCAGCAGCAAACAUGUUAAACACAUUUAUCAUAGUGUGUUGUUAGUAUAUAUAUAUAUAUAUACACUAACAAAUUUAUUUGUAAAUUGUUUAUUCAAAAUAUUUGAAGUAUGUAAUUGAUAACUUUUAUCUUCAUUUAAAUGGAAUUUUCUUUCUUUAACACUGUAGAUAACGUGGCAGAAUCUUGAUUUUAGUCAUCCAUAUGUGAAAACUGUCAAAAUUUAGCAUUUGCAUUAGCAGAAGAUUUGUAUAUAUGUGUAUUCAGAUAAGUAAUAUCAUUCGAUAUUCGAAUUUUAAUUAAGAUUUGGUUUUACACAAUGUUAAAGUGUACAAACUAUGUAACCGUUUGCGUAGUUUGCACUAUAAAAUUCAGUUUAGGAAUUGUUUAAUGGUGCUAUUGAUCCGAGUUUAACUUAAGUAUCUUAAAAUACAUCUUUUCGAGUCAAAGAUUGAAGUUGCAAAUGUAGAAGGUACACGAGUGUCUGCCGAAUCAUUAACAUAAAGUAUAAUGGAAAAUUAUUGUGUAAUUUAUUCAAAAAGAUUGUUUUAAGAGAGUUCAACAACUUUUUAAAUUGUUUUAUUGAUAAAUGUAAUAUUGUAACUCGUCAUGAUUUGAAUUUUAUUAAUUAUUUGAAAGUGGUUGUACAUUAAAAUUAAACAGAAACACAGAAAACAGCAGAAAAUGUUUUGUGAUUAUUUAACGAUUAAUCCGGUUAAUGGCGCAGUUGUUAAAUUCGU